AUGAUGAAGACACUCCUGAUCUCCUGCCUCCUCUUGGCCCUGCUUCCUCCAGGUGAGCAGAACCACAGCCGCUGGGCUGUUCGUCAUGUUUCCAGGAAGGAACGAGGUGGGGGGGGGUGUCAGCAAUUAAAGCAGGAUGAGGAAGGAACCAGGACUUGUGGUUCCUUUGAAAGGGAGAGGAAUAAAGCACAAGGCCGGAUUACAAAGGAUCCUCAAUGCUAUAUUGUUUUGUUCCCAAUAUUCAAUUUUUAUUUAACCAAAUGCGUACAGAGAGCUGUGGCAUCCCCAAGUACAUUGGGGGAGCGAGAAAGGCAGUAGUUCACUCUUCGAUGAACCAGAAUUCUAGCUCAUAUUUAAAGCAAAGAGUAAGUUUCUUGCGUUUGUAGAAGUUUAUGAUAGGAGACAAUGUAUAGGCACUAUUCUUCUCAUAUUUUGGAGCGGAAUUACCCUGCCCCCCCAUGCAAACUUUAAGUUUCCUGGUGUUAAAUGCCACCCCAAUCUCUGAGUGGAGUCAGGUCACAGGGGUACCAGAUGUGCUUACCAGAGUCUGUCAUGUUUGCUGGUGCUGAUGGGAGUUGUAGUACAACAACUUCGGGAGGGUUAAAGGUUUCCCCACACCUUCUCUACUGGUCCUCUCCCUCAGACUGCAGGAGUCAUUUUCUACAAUCAUUCUCUGGUCUAUGCAAGGCCCACCCCUAUUCACAGAGUUUAAGAACUACAGAAGGAAUAUAUAUAGAAAGCAUUAUGUAGCUGAACAAUGGUCCAUCUAGUCUAGCCUCUUGUUCUUGCCAUGGGUCCUAUGGGAAGCCCCUAAGAAAGAUCUGAGUGCAACAGCUCACUUUAUGUAGAUUCAAGUAACUAGUAUUCAGACAAAUAGUGCCUACAAUAUUGCAGAAAAAAUAUAUCAAUUGUGGAUGGUAACCAUGUAUGUAUCUAGUCCACUUUUGAAGCUAUCCAAGUCAGUGGCCUUUGCUGCCUCUCGUAAGAUGAGGUUUGUAGCAGAAAGUGUUGUGUUCAUGUACCUUGAUGCAGACCUGUUCCUCCUACACAGUUACUAAUGUUUUCUAAACCCAUUUUCCCCCUGUCUGCAGUGGCAUCUCUGACAUGUGAGUCUUGUUUUGAUCAAGGAAAAGAUUGCAGAAAUGCCACCACUGAGGAGUGUGACGAUUCCAGUGACCAGUCCUGCUUGUCUUCCCUUGCAGUUGGCAAACUGUGUAAGUGAGAAGAACUUUCAUCCUCUUUGAUCACCAAAACGUAAACCCCCUGACUCACUUUCUAAGGCCAUAUCUUAGCCACAAGCCACGGAACAUGACUUUUCAUAAAGUAGUGUUCUAGGUUCUGCAUUACCUGUAGGAGCAGGGAAGAAAUUCAAGUCAGUUCAUAUUUAAAGGUGCAUUUACUCAAUUGGCAGAGCAAAACAAAGCUAUCCUUCAGAAUCUGCCCUUCUCCCAUUUUUGCAGUUCAGUUAUCCAGCCAUGUAAUCUAUAGACAAAUGCACAUACUAGGGUAAAGUAUGCAUACAAUAACCUACAAGCUUUUGUAGUUGGAGUCUGUCAGGUUCCCAUCUCCCAGGCCAAGUGAAAAAUGACCUGCAAGGGAGAGAGCUAGUCUGCCAGGAUUCACAGCCAAAAUAGUCAACAAACAUCCUGCCCCCAAGGGGAAACCAUGACUGCUUAAAUCAGUAUGACCCUGCAGAUAGGGCCUAAGAGUAAAAAUUACAUUCACACUAAAUGUUGAUGGUGGGGAUGAGGAGUUGGAAACUGAUAUGAAAAUGUGGAGAAAUGAAUUUAAAAUAAGAAACCAAGAGAAACUGACACUGACAUAUUGCCCCUUCCUAAUUGCUUGUGGUACAUGCUCCCUUUAUGAGCUCCAGCAUCGACUCUCAUUGCUCCAGUUACAGGGUGGAUUUGAUUUAAAUCACGAUUUAAAUCACUAAUCAGUAAGACUUGAUUUUUAUUUAUUUUUUUACAGAAAGGCUCAUUCUUGCUGGAAUGGUCCUAAUAUUUACAGCCAGAUGAAGGUUUCAUUUUUGGAAUAAUAAAUUUUCAGAGUGGUUUUUACAGUUAUAUCAAAAAUUACUGAUUUGGUUAUACUAUUAGAAAUACAUUGACAGAUAAUUAUGAAAUUUUUGUGAGGUUUAAUAAAUUAACUGUUUAUAUUUGGACAACUUUUCUGCUGUACUUUAUUGGAAGGAAAAAAUAAUCAUUUCAUUAAUAACAAUUUAAACAAUUUAUUUAACUAAAACAAUAACAUUAUAGCAUAUGUAUCCAUGUUUCUUAACUGAUGUGGUUAAAUGAUUUUUUAAGAAAUACCUUGGAGGGAGUUAUAAAGGUAAAGGUAAAGGUACCCCUGCCCAUACUGGCCAGUCGUGUCCGACUCUAGGGUUGCGUGCUCAUCUCGCUCUAGAGGCAGUGAGCCGGCGGCGUCCGCAGACACUUCUGGGUCACGUGGUCAGCGUGACGAAGCUGCGGCUGGCGAGCCAGCACCAGCGCAGCACAUGGAAACGCCAUUUCCCUUCCCGAUAUAGAGCGGUACCUAAUUAUCUACUUGCACUUAAGAGUGCUUUCGAACUGCUAGGUGGGCAGGAGCUGGGACCGAACGACGGGAGCUCACCCUGCCGCAGGGAUUUGAACCGCCAACCAUACGAUCAGCAAGUCCUAGGCACUGAGGUUUUACCCACAGUGCCACCCACGUCCCUGGAGGGAGUUAUAGCACACAAGAAAAACUUAAAACAAAUCCUUAUUUCCUGAUGAGGAUAGCCUUUGGACUAUAAUGUAACUUAAAUAGGUUCUCCAAACAGCCAAAGGUUCUCCAUUCCUGACUCACAUUCAACAAAUAGAUAAAACUGGAGAAAUCUCUUUCUGCUCCAAGCAGGGCCAGCUCAACACAAUUGGAUACCUGAGGUAAACCAUAAAAUGUUCCCCACCCUGCAGACCCGGAAGAAAGGGUGACUGAAGAUUAGGCCUGGGCGAUUAAUUGAUAUAUCAUCCCAGGACCGGUAUGAGGGGCAGACCGUGAUGACAGCUUCACUCAGCAGUAAAUCGGUGGGGGAAACCAUGCCGAUCCUGAUUCCCUCUGCCUCCAGCACCCAGCACACUGAGGAAAAACUAAACAAGCUGCAGCCUGGAGCUGGAGGCAGAGGGACUCAGGAGGGGUGGCAGUUUCAUUAAAGAUAUAUCGCUAAGUGAAAUCACCAUCGUGUUCUGUCCUUCAUACAGGCAGUGGGAGAAACAAGCUGCAUGACGAGGCUUAUAAAGGUUAUUCCUCCCUCCCUCCUUAAACUGCUUGAGUUAAGAGCACACCGCUGCCCUCACCUCAGCCCAGCAAUUUUGUGGAACCACAAAUGAGUCAGUAGGGGGCAGGGGCUCAGUUAAAGUGCUCCUCCUCCCCAGCUGCAAGAGCCUGGGUGGAGUGCAGGCUCCGGCCAGAGACAGCCUUGGCUGCCACCUGCCUGCUUUUUUAGCACAGGAGGAAAGACGGAAGCCACUCUGACAGUCAAAGGCAGCCAGGCAGUGCAGGCAGCCCUGCAAGGCACAGGUAGGGUGGCUUUGCAGCCUGCGCUUUGCGAAUGACCACCCCACAAGGAAAGAGGCAGUGUGCCUGCAUGGGCACCAGCGAGGUGGAGGGAGCCUCAGAAAGGAGCUCUGAGGUGGUAUUUGAUGCAGAUGGCGCUGUGGGUUAAACCACAGAGCCUAGGACUUACCAAUCAGAAUGUCAGUGGUUCGAAUCCCCGCGACGGGGUGAGCUCCCGUUGCUCGGUCCCUUCUCCUGCCAACCUGGCAGUUCAAAAGAACGUCAAAGUGCAAGUAGAUAAAUAGGUACCGCUCUGGCGUUAAGGUAAAUGGCGCUUCCGUGCGCUACUCUAGUUCGCCAGAAGUGGCUUAGUCAUGCUGGCACAUGACCCGGAAGCUGUACGCCGGCACCCGCGGCCAAUCAAGCGAGAUGAGCGUCGUAACCCCAGAGUCGGUCACAACUGGACCUAAUGGUCAGGGGUCCCUUUACCUUUUAAACUUGCGAUGGGGGAAAUCUGAAACCAGCGAGAUGAACUGUUUGAAAAGGACUGGAGUAGAUUUGUACCAUAUAUGAAUAGACAUUGCAAACAUUUUAAAACAUUUGCAGGAUUGAUUUAAAAUAUUUUGUUAGGUUAUGAUUUGAUACCUGUUUAUAAAUAUUAGAAGUAAGUCUUUUAAGUAUGGAGAUAAAGUAAAUAGGGUGAUUUAGAAAUGCGAAAUAAAAGUGAUUGCAUAUGGAAGUCAGGGAGGGGGAUGGGAGGAAGUCAAUGCUCAAUUUGAGCAAACAUAUAUGUGAUGAAGAAAUUUUAUUUGGCUGUUAUAAAGGGAAAAAGAAAUUUUAAUAAACAUUAUAUUAAAAUAGAAAAAGGAAGGAGCUCCAAGGUCCCUGUCACAAACAACAGAGACAUGGGGUGGCUCAAAUGGGGGAGAGGAACUGACGAGGAGGUGGCAGACCUUGCCUCCAAGGAUCAAACCACAGCUUCAAAGGCAGCAGCAUCAGGCGAUGCUUUUCUUGGUGGUCAGAUCCCCUGCCCCUCUGGAUCCUGCCCAUAAGGUGACCAUCAACCCUUGCCUCAUGGGUGGACCAGCCCUAUCUCCAGGUCUAGUUAUUUCCUAUUCCAAUUCUUUCUUUUAUAGCACUUUUGGGGUCAAGAGUGGUUUUCAAGUCCUGCAUCGAUACAGAGUUGUGUGAUGCAGACUAUGUCAGUGUCUCCAUAACCUCAUCACUGUACACCCACAGCAAGCUCUCCUGCUGCAAGACAGAUAUGUGCAACAGCGGACCUCCUGAAAGUAAGUAUCAUCAUCAGGAAAGCUGGUCUCACAAAACUCAAGCAAUGAGAGAGGUCAAAGAAAGACAAACAAGUUUUUGGCAGUAUCCUGAUGUCAGGGACUGACUAAACAAGGAGGAGUGGUGGCAGCCAGACACUCCAGGAGGUGCCUGAGGGUGACACUAGGAAAGAAGAUUUCAAACCUGAUUCAGAUUGGUGGGACAGGGAGGAGCCACUGACAGAGGGAACCAGAAGGGAAGCAUUGGAGCCAUAGUAUGGGGGUGGCGGGAACUAAUAGAACAAAACCCAAAAUCCCAGUAAGAAGAUUACGUGAACAACAUACAGCAUCUAUUAGCAAAAAUUACAAGGGAGCAUCACAGUUUUACCUUAGUGCUAGAAACACCCCUCCCAUAAUUUUACAGUUCCUCUCUGACAGCUGCUUCUGGUAUUUACAUCCUAUGCUUUCCUCCAAAAAGCUUGAGCUCCCACUCACCAUUUUAGCCUCAAAAUAUCCAGUGAAAUAGGUUAAGCUGAGAGAUGGUUCCUGGCCCCAGGCCACUCAGCAAGUGUCAUGGCUACAGUGGAAUUUGAACCCUGGUCUCCUAGAUUCUAGUCCAACCCUCUAACCACUACACUUCACUGGUUCAUUGGUUGCCCAGAGUUCUAGCCCCCAAACCUAGAGUGACCCAUUUUCUUUGAUGCAUUUGUGUUUGUAGAGAUAUAUUUGUGGGACAGUCCUCUGUCCUUCUUGUAGAGGAAGGAACUGAUUUCUUUUAGGUUUGCAUUCAGGGAAUUAAUAUCUUCAGGUUAAAGCAAAUGCUAAGAAAGAUGUAUUAGAUGCAAUGGGCUCCAGUGCCACCUAAUUACUAAGCUAUAGAGGAACACUAUCUACACAAAGGGGAGAACAACCAGGUGGUGCAAAGAAUAAAAGUUUAAAAAUUACAUUUGUUGCUCCACUCACUUUCACAACAGGCCCUGUCACUGUCAUGUGGCCCUGAGAAGCUUGCCUAGAAGGAAAUGUGGCCCUCACUGAAAACAGUUAAUACGAAGGUUCAAUCUGUAAGCCCCGGCUAGGCUCCUGGCAUACACCAGCUGCUGACGCAGGCCUGUAUCACCAUCCUUUUCAAACUAGAGACAGAAGCUAGGGUUGGGAUUUGAACGAAGAACCCCAAAGCUGGAAGCUGCACUGAGCCGGAGCCUGACUUAGUGAGCUACCAUGAAUUGCAUCCUGAGACCCUCAGGUGCAGAGGAAGAUAGGAAUAACAGCACACCAGUUCUGGUGUUCCUUGGUUUGGUAUCCAAUAGUUUGUUCACAAGCUGCAAUAAUGGAUGUUUUUAGCUUGGUCCAGUGUUCCUCGAUCUUAUCAGGGAAUUCUGAAUGCAGAUGGUCCUUAAGAGUCCUUUGGAAGCAAUCCCACUUAAUGAGAUCUUGAAGGGCUUGAGUGUUCAUUUUGCACCUUGGUUUACUUCCUUGAAGCCGGCUACCAUUUUGUCUCUCAGAAUGCCCCCCAGUGGUGCUCAGUGCUAAGCCCAAUUGCUUAAAGUGGUAUCCCUGUGCUUGAAAUGUAUUCUGUUAAUGUGGCCCCUGUCAGAAAUCUCUUGCACCAUGCAUUAAUGUAGCCCUGGAUGAAUGGAGUAUGGCUGAAGCACUCCACUUGCAGAAGUGCUAGAAGGUGGUACGCAUCCAUCUUGGAAGGGAAGCACAAUUCCCACCCCUCACAUACAGCAAGUUGUGGUUUGCAUCUGAAAAAGAAAUACAUUGACUAAUUGCAAUGUUGGUGUGGUGUGGUGAUUGUUUUCCAGUGCCUGAGAGUGAGACGAGGGAGCUCAAUGGGCUGAAGUGCUCGAGUUGCUUCUCCAUCUAUUCAGACGAGUGUGAGGGCAAUAAGACCGUCAGCUGCAGAAAUGAGGAGGAUCAAUGCUUCUACAUUGGGGCUCGCCUGAACUUCGGUGAGUCUUGUAUGAUGGAGUGCAGCUAAUGCCCCAUCUGUACUAUACAUUUAAAGCAUAGAUUUUGUUAAAUAAAAAUACAUAUUUAAAUUUGCACUUUAAAUUGGGGGGGAGGGGUAGGAUGGAGACACACAGGCCCAGGGGCCAAAGGCAUUCCUCUAGGACUCUCUCUCUCUGGGCUUUGGGAUCCUCCUUAGACACACCUCCUCUCCAUAGGCCACACCCCUCACAAGCCCCACUUCAUACCCUACCUGUAUGCUUUGGCCUGGCUGGAUUGCUGCCCCUGAAUCUUGGUUACCUGGAGGGAGUAUAGAGGGGGGGGGUUGAAUGUAUGUAUAAAAUAGCCUGCAGUGUAAAGGUGAAUUUUACAUAUGUUUCCAUUGGCAUGUGGACCUCCCAGAAGGUCACCCAGACUGGAAAAAGGCUCUUGGUCUGAGAAAAGUUGCCCACCCUUCUGUUUGAGGGAGUGGGUUUUGGAUUCCAAAAAUAUAUGUGUGUGUUUUUCCCAACAGGGGGAAGCAGCAUCCUAGGCGCUCUCCGAGGCUGUGGAACAGCUAGUUUCUGUGACUACACUGAGGGGUUGCUGGAGACUGGUCUUGAAUCAUUAGGAAUUGAGAUCACUCAAUUUAAGUGCACUGAAGCAAUGGACGAGGAUUCCAAUGAGCUGUAG